UAAUUGCAAGCUGUCAGUAUAUUUUUUCUGGCCCUAGAACGUACCUCAAUCCCACAACAAUGUUGCUGUUUUACGUCCUCCUUAUUAGUGCUGUAAAAAGUGAAGAUUACGUUUGUGAAAUAAACGCUUGCGAAGCGCUAGAACAGAGCAAAAUGGACUUGCAAGAAUAUAUCGACAGUUUAGAGGAUAAUAAUAACAACAGUUAUUUGUUAAAGUUAGAACGAAGACUACGGUCACUGGAACAACCAGUUUGGAAAAUACUAAAACUGAACGAACGCUGGCUGGAGUGUACCCAAGGACCUUGCAAGUGCAGACCUGAAACCAAAAGUUUGUCUUGUUGGCAACAAAAUCUCCCAACUCUACCUGCAACUCAAAUUUUACCACAGGAUGUGAUUUCCAUAGAUCUAGGUAUCAACGGGCUUACAACCCUCCACAAAAACUCCUUUUUGAGUCUAACGCACCUCAUAGAACUCGAUCUUUUCGACAACGAGCUGGACCAUUUACCAGAUUCGAUUUUUGAUGAUUUAGAUAAUUUACAAUAUUUGCGACUUCACAAGAACCAAAUUGAAGAAGUGGCGAACGACUUGUUGUUGAAACUGAGAAAUUUACAGAGUUUUGAUAUAUCAAACAACAGAAUCAAGCAAUUACCCCCUCAGUUAUUUAAAGGAAACCCCAAAUUAAUUGUCUUGCACAUAUCACGAAACCUGGUUAAGAUAGUUCCGCAAACGUUGUUUUCGAAGUUGGAGUUACUAGAAGAUUUGGAUUUUAGCAACAACAAAAUCGAAAGGCUUCCGAAAUUUUUGUUUACUGAUUUGAAAAAUUUGAAACGACUGCAGCUUGCCGAAAAUAGAAUUGAUUAUCUUCCGACAGGUUUGUUUGAUUCGUUACCAAAUCUUGAAUACUUGAACUUCAGAAAGAACCACAUUUCAAGUAUAUCUGAUAAGUUGUUUAGUUCCUUACAAAGUCUGAAAUCGUUGCAACUGACUUCAAACCACCUAAGAAGAAUACAAACUAAAGAUUUUGAGAAUCUAUUCAAUCUGCAAGAGUUACACUUGGGUCAAAAUUUUAUAUCAGAGCUUCCCGAAAACAGUUUCGAAACCAAUAUCAACUUGAAGAAGUUGUUUUUAUUUUCAAACAACUUAGAAGAACUUGAAGAGAAAAGUUUCAAUGGACUCGAUAAUCUAACAUCUUUGUUAAUCAGCAACAAUAUUCUAAAGACCAUACAUGCGGACAUCUUCUCCUACACGCCAAAUUUAGAAAAAUUAGAUUUGGACAGCAACAAGUUUCAUUUUCUGCCGUCGAAAAGUUUGGACUACCUCGACAAUUUGGUUUCAAUUAAACUUGCAAAAAAUCCGUGGCACUGCGAUUGCAGCAUUCUUUAUUUGGCUUUGUGGAUAGAUGAAAACAAAGGGAAAGUUUGGGAUAUUCAGCCUACUUGUCGAGGUCCUGAAGAGCUAGGAGGAGCUCUUUUAAAAGAUUUGGGUUUCAAUAGUCUGUGUGAUGGUCAGUGGGCUAGUAUGGUAAAUUUGUCGCCCAGAAUUCCAAUUAGACAAGUUGGCAUUCAGACGUCACCAACAACGAAGGAUCCUGAACAAUAAAAAUUAGACAUGUUAUAGAAAUUUGUAUCCACUAGAGUAAAUUUUUAAGAAAAACAGUAAAAUAUAUAAGUUGAAAUUCA